AUGGCGGACCAACUGACUGAAGAGCAGAUUGGCAAAUCCACAGAAGCUUUUCCACUAUUAGACAAGGAUGGUGAUAGGACUAUAACAACAAAGGAACUGGGAACCAUGACAAGGUCUCUUGGGCAGAACCCCACAGAAGCAGAGCUGCAAGACAUGAUCAAUGAAGUAGAUGCAGGUGUUAAUGGCACAGUUGACUUUCCUGAAUUUCUGACAAUGAUGACAAGAAAAAUGAGAGACACAGACAGUGAAGAAGAAAUUAGAGAAGCAUUCUGCACGUUUGCUAAGGAUGGCAAUGGCUAUACUGCUGCAGCAGAGUUUUGCCGUGUGGUGACAAACCUUGAAGAGAAGUUAACAGAGGGAGAGGUUGAUGAAAUGAUCAGGGAAGCAGAUAUUGAUGACAAUGGUCAGGUAAACUAUGAAGAGUUUGCACAAAUGAUGACAGCAAAGUGA